AUGCCUUCUUCAGAAAGAGAAGCCUCUCGCGAUGGCGAUAGACUUGCUCUUGUACACAGAAACUCUGCACAUUCUAUGACUUCAAUAGAUUGUGGACGAGCAAUUGUUCCAAUGUGGGACAGUUCUGACCCAGAACGUGCGCCUCCUCCACUUCCUAUGAACCCAGCAUCCCCAAAGGUUUCUUCACGAGGAACAUCGGCAGCCAUCAAGUCCGCACAUGCGGCACUCACUGAAAGGGCCCGAGAAAAUGCCUAUGCCAUAAACGCACCUCAGAAACGCCUCACCGAACCAUCUCCCGAACGUUUACUGAUCAAGGGUACUGCUCCGGGUCACAAACGAAUGCAAUCUUUACAGAAUGGUAAUGUUAGAGAUUUGAGUAGUUUCAUUGAAAGUGGAACUUUCGGUCCUUUGAAAUCUCCAGAGAAACCAUCGACAAGACCUGCCUCACCACACGUCAACAAGGAUUUCGUACUUGAGUCACCCGAAAAGUUCUCCGACCGGGUGUCAGAUAAGGAUUCUGUUCGAGCUACUACACCCAUCAAGAAUCGAGCCGAGUCGCCUCGAGAAAGACGAAACUCCAUGCAUGUAAGGCCUUCCUUGCGACGGCCACCCCACAGUAUGUUUGGCGAAAACACACCUCCUCAAUCUGCCACCAUGCAGGCUCUUCAUAACAUGGCCAACAAAGAGACAGAUCCACCUCUGGCCAAUGUCACAAAUGGCUCUACUGCUUUAGUCCGCACACCUCAAACGUUCGAUGCUAUCUCAAAUCAAAUUCUUAGUCUCACAAGUAUAUGCACUAGUCUUCAAAGAGAGAUGGCGCAAUUGAGUAGGAGAAGUAAGGAUAACGCUACCGACUUGGUCAGUCUCAAGGAAGCGACAAAUGCCAGGGAUGAGGACAUACGAAAGAGUCUCCGGGAACUGGUGACUGGCUUGUCUGACGCUGGCUCCGAGCGUACACUAUAUGGAGGCAAUAACCUUUUUGCGGAGAAUAAGGGACGUAUUUCACCGUCCUCGUCACGAAACUCGAAAGGAUUCUCUCUUCCUCGGAUCCCUAGCCCAAACAGCUUCGCUGCUUCACUGGAUCGAGAAACGUUAUUGUCAACUCCGUUCACGAGAGAACAUAUCCGAGAACAUAGUAGUGACGCUGUUGCGCAUGCUGCUAGUGUAGCUUUGCUCGAGAAGGUACUUCGAGAGAUGGGUACGAAGGAAGGGCAGGAGCUAUUAAUAUCUCGACUUACGGAAAUUGCUGAGCAACUUGGCCGAGAAGGAAUGUCGACAGCCAGAAAGCUAGAGGAGUUGGUAGAAUUCAUCAAGAAAAACACCGAGAUCUCUCAGGCUCUUAUUACUCAUCACAACAACAGUAAAAACGGCGGAGAGGAAAGAGGACGUAAGUACAGCUUCGAGGAGGAUCCGCCGAGACUAGAAUUGGAUUUUGACAGGCCUGCUUCUGUUGCACAAAAACUAGAGGCUCUUGUUGCCACCGGAGCAGACAGGGAAAGACGCAAGUCGCAAGGACCCAGUCGACUAGGUGAAAUAUUAGGCGACGAUGUCCUCCAAAUUAUACGAAGUGUUAAGGAUAGCGUCGCUCAAGGAGGUGGGCUUACAGCUGAAGUUAAGGCACUGGUCCGAGAACUUCGCGGCGAGGUUUUGGGUAUGGGACGAGAGAUUGGCAGGAAACUAGAUCAGGCCAGUAGGGAUGGUGCUUCCAAUGGUGCCGAUGUCACUGGUGUGGUUGAAAACGGCCUAGAGGAAUUGAAAGAGCAUAUGAACCAACUCAUUCGCGAAAGUCGUCGACAAAAUUCAGCCUCCGCUGCCACACAGAAAAUUGACUAUAAAGAAGUCUACAAUGUGGUACGCUCAGCAGUAGUCGAAAAAUCCGAAUCAAAAGAAGACAUCAUCGAAGCAGUCAGGGAAGCGUGGGAAAAUUACAAGCCCGACAUCGAGUUGCAACAUUUUGGUCUCGAGAGAGAGGAACUACUGGUCUGCUUGAAGGAAGGUAUUCAGGAGUUUGCGCCACAAAACGAACCGGGAGCAACGAGAGAUGAAGUUUUUGCUGCGGUGAUUGAAGGAUUGAAGCACUUCACUCCACCACCAAUUGAUAACGAAUCGAUCUCUCGGGACGAGAUUCUUGACGCAGUUCGUGAGUGUCUCGAGGAGUUUGAGUUUCCCGCUGCACCAAUGCCAGAGCCUCGCGAACCUGAAGUCACUGCAGACGACAUGCUUGAUGCUGUCACUGAAGGUCUCAGAACAUUUGACUUUUCUGCAAACCCGACGGCACUUACUCCAGAGGUUCUCCAAGGAUUUACACAAACUGAAAUGAUUCAAGCGGUUAGAGAAGGUCUGAAAGAAUUUGACUUUGCUGCCCUCAAUCGAGAUAAUGACGGCAUCACACAAGACGAUAUGGUGACUGCCAUUAGAGAAGGACUCCAAACAUUCGGCCUUACGAAUCAGAGCCGUGAAGUUGACGAAGGUGUUACUCGAGAUGAUGUGGUAGGUGCAGUUACCGAAAGCCUACACACGUUUGACUUCUCCGGCAGUAUCCAUCUACCCCAUCAUGAUGAGGAGGCCAUUACCCGUGACGACAUGUUUGACGCUGUCAGAGCAGGCCUUAAAAGCUUCGAGUUCCCCACUUUGAGUAGAGAAGUGGGAGACAGUAUUAGCCGAGAAGACGUUUUCGAUGCCGUGAAAGAAAGUCUCCAACAUUUUAAUUUCAGUGCAUUAGUAUCGGCUUCUGAUCACGAGGAUAAAGAAACAGGAAUCUCUCGAGACGAUAUAUUCGAGGCUGUCAAGGAUGGCUUACAAACAUUUGAUUCCGCUCUUACACGCGAGGUUGGUGGAAAUCCCGGUAUCAAUCGAGACGACAUAUUUGAUGCUGUAAAGGAGGGUCUUCAUACUUUCGAUUCUGCUCUGACCAAGGACGUUGGAGGAAGUGGGAAUCUUACACGCAAUGAUGUGAUGGAUGCUGUGAAGGAUGUCUUGACCACUUUCGAUUCCGCUCUUACUCGUGGAAAUACUGAAAGUGGUGCAACCCGCGAGGAAAUCGUCGAUGCAAUGCAAGAAGUCAUGACCAAAUUUCAUGGCUCUUCCUUGACUCAAGGCCCAAGCCAAGGAAUUACUCGUGAAGAUGUUGUCGAUGCUGUGCAAGAGGUUCUGGAAGGAUUCAACUCCGCCUUAACCAAAAACGCUGGGGAAGCUGCAACUCGUGAUGAAGUCUUCGAAGCAGUUAGAGUUGGUCUUCAAUCACACAAAUCUAGUGGUGGAAUUACUCGCAAUGAUGUUCAUGAAGUCGUCAAAGAAAACCUUCAAAGUCAUCAUACUGAAGGUGGCCUUACUCGCGAUGAAGUUGUCGAUGCUGUUCAAGAGGUAUUGACCUCGUUUGAUUCCGCAUUAACCAGAGAGGCUUCUCCAACGGUCACCCGAGACGAUCUUCUUAAAGCUGUGAAGGAAGGACUUCAAUCCCACACAUCUAGCAUCACGCGCGACGAAGUGCUCCAAGCAAUAAAGGACGGCCUUCAAUCGAAAGAAUUGGCCUCGACUCGAGGGGAUGUUGAUGCUAUCACCCGGGAUGAUGUUUUUGAUGCUGUGAAGAACGGAUUUGAGAUUCACGACAUUGGAGGAAGCAUUACCCGGAAUGAUAUUCUUGAAGCAGUCAAGAAUGGUAGUUUCACUCGUGAAGAUAUACUUGAUGCUGUGAAAGAUGGUCUUCAAACCUUUGAUUCGGCAUUGACAAGAGGCGUGACCCCAACAUGCACUAAAGCAGAUGUGUUCGAGGCCGUACGGGUUGGUCUACAAUCUCAAAGAUUCCCACCAACCGUCACACGUGAGGACGUCUUUGAAGCCGUUACAGAUGGCCUUCAAACCUUCAAUUCCGCCAUUGUUAGCGUUAGAGAGGCAAAUGCCAGCAAAGGAGAUGUCUUUGACGCUGUCAAAGAAGGUUUCGAAACAUUCAAUAACGCUCUUACCCUUGAUAUUCCUGUGGGUGUCAGCCGUGAUGAUGUCUUCGAUGCAGUGAAGGAAGGACUAACAACACUUGACUCGGCACUCACUCGAGAACAUGACGUCAAGGUCAACCGAGAAGACAUCCUUGAAGCAGUUAAAGAGGGUCUCGAGAACUUUGAUUUUGCUGCUGCCAAGGUGUCUACCGAAUUAAGCCGAGAAGUUGUGAAAAAUAUUACUCGUGAUGAUGUUUAUGAAGCCGUGAAGGCAGGAUUAGAAGGUUCACCUCAGUCAGUUGACAAGUUCACAGCUCAAAUCUCUGAACGCCUACAAGAAAUUAUGAAAUCUAUGCGAACCGAGUUCAAGGAAAUUUCGGAUGAAGCUAAACAAAAUGUUGCUGCACAUGGACGAGACACCGAGCAGUUGCUUGAUGCAACUAAAGAUGGAUUUGAAAAGCUCCGCUCUGAUAUCGAGGCUUACGUUGAUCGAGCCUCAGAUGUUACAGGCAAAGAUGAGAUUCUUGAGAACAUGCGGGAUAACUUCGCUACGCUCCGUUCCGAGGUGGAGGAGCUCAUUUCCAAGAGCUCCAGUACUGGUUUUGAGACUGUUCAUGGAGAGCUUGAGCAUCUUCGAGGCUCGAUAGCAUCGGCAUUGGUUCGAUCAGGAGCAAGCGAUGAUAAGGACGAAAUCCUUGAUGCACUGAAGGAAGGUUUCGAUGGUCUCAAGGCUGGCUUGGAGAUCUCGCGAUCACGAGAGGACGACGAGGAUGGCAUGCCAGGAACCGGAGACAUCAUUGACGCGUUGCAAGAUGGUUUCACUCUCCUGAAGGCAGAGGUCGAAAAGGUUGCCAACAAGCCUGUUGAUUUGACCGUCAAUCACGAAAUCCUCGAUACACUCAAGAAAGGCCUAGAAAAUGUUCGAGCUGAUCUUGACGUUCUUAAAGAGAAUCAAAAGAACGAGCAAGCCGUGGCAGAGAUAUCUGAUCUUGCUUUGAUCCCAGCUAUCGACAAUCUUUCCCGUAAUGAUAUUGAGAACCUUGAGAUGCUCGUCACCCAGCUUGGCAUCAAAGUAGCGGCAAUCGAGUCGAUGGAACCACCACCACCACAACUAGCACCUGGCUCUGUAACCAAAGAAGAUAUGGCGGCUGUUGAAGAAAUGCUUCGAAAUGUUCGAGAUAAGGUGGAAGUCGUUGUUUCACGCGAGAUCAUUCCUGAUGAAGAUAGAAUUAAGAAAGAGGACCUUGACGCGAUUGAGAUUUUGCUUCACAAUACAAAAGCUAAGCUGGAUGAGAUUGAUCCAGAACAAUCUGCUAAAAAGGAGGACAUUGAGACGAUGGGCGCUCUAGUCCUCGAGGCACGAGACGGCAUUGAUUCAUUGACUACUCAUCUCGAGGAGGUUUCGAAGAAAGAUGACAUCAGCACACUUGAAACUGCAGUACGUGAGGUUAUGGUUGGUCUUGCAGAGAUAAAAGAGCAGAUCGAUACCGAAUUCAAUAGUCUCGAUAAGGUUACCAAGACAGAUGUCGAAGCUGUCGAGUCUGUAUGCCUCGAUAUCAAAUCAGCUAUCGAGCAAACCGUCGUUCCAGAGUUUGUAGCAUUAGCCACAAAAGACGAAGUCAACACUCUUGGUACCUUGGUCAAGGAAACCGCAGGCCGAAUUGAGUCACAUGCGGCGACAAACGCCAAAGCCUUCGAAGACCGACAGGCUGAAACUGUUGGUGUUAGCGAACGUGUCACAGAAGUCAAAUCCUUCCUCAUAGAAUUCAGAGAUGCAGUCAAGGAAAAGCUUGACGAAGGUACAACCAAUGUCGAGACUGUGCGCACAUUCCUCAACGGUCUUGGGGAAACUAUCAACAAAAAUGGCACCAUAUCUGAUGAUCUACAGGCAAUGUUUCAUGCUAUGACUGAAGAGUUUGAAAAGACCAAUACUGGUAUGGUUGGAUCUAAACUCGAGACUGACGAAAAGUUCCAACAAACCUGGGACAAACUUGAUUCGCAUUUCGAGGAGAAGUUUAAGGAAGUCAUAACCAAGUAUGACGAACUCCAGAGCUUUUUGGAAGAAAGAGCCACAUCUGGUGUGGAGAAGACUACAGAAGUCGAGGCUAACAUAUUGAGCACAAAGCAAGUCGCCGAAGAUGUCAAGGUUCUGCUCGACACGUUAUCAAUUAAUGUGACAGAGUCUGCCGAGAAGAUGGAAGAAGCUUCAAAGACCGUCUUUAAUCGUGUUGAUGAAACUUUCGUCAGAGUUGAGGAAAUUCAUGCAGAUUCCAAGGUCGAGCACCAACUCACACGUAUGCAAAUUCUGAAGACUUUGGGUGUGGUGGAAGGAGUGCGAGGAACUGUGACAGAGUAUAAUCCUCAGAUUCUUGAAUCGAUCAAAGAUGUUCUCAGCGUUAUUGGACAGCACUACGAGCAUUCCAAGACCUCUUCAGUGACGAUCCAGGAGAAAAUUGCUGAUAUUCCUCCUCCACCGGAGAUUCCGCCUCCUAUCAAAUACGACGAUACACCGGUCCACGAAAAGCUCGAUAAGCUUGUUGGUCACGUACAAGAAGCCGGAAAAUCGGUAGCACAAUUGGAGAUGCUGAACAAAUUAAAUCAGCAAAUGAUGGCAACUGCUGCAGAAGUCUCCCAAUUUGUCUCGAACCAAACCCAGAGAAUUGCGGACGAUCAUGAAAGUAAGGAGCAGGCUGCCGCAGCAGCUGCUAUUGCUCUCGAGAAACGUCUAGGUCAGAAGGUACAAGUCGAAGCAUCAAUUGCUUCACUUAAAGAAGAAGAAAAAGUUUUGAAGGGAUAUGUCACCAAGCUUAAAACGGACAAAGAAGACAUGAUUCACCAAAAGAUGCGACUCGCCUCCGAUGUCUCUAGCCUAGAGACAGCCUUAAGGAUUCGCCGUGAAGAACUGCAGGAAAUGGAAGAAAGAGCCGAAGGACUCGAAAGACGUAUCCUCGAAGGAGUCAUUGAUCAUUCUCGAGCUCUCUUGCUCUCAAAGGGUAAUAGGAAAGCAGCACGUGAUCCUAUGAGCCGUAAGCGUGUUCCAACUCAACGCAAUUCAACUGCCAAUUCUAUCGCCUCCAGCGUCGCGUCGAAGACUCCAUCCGUAACCCAAGGAGCCGUUAACAUGGCUAUGAAAAAUCGCUCUCCGGCUAAAGGACCUCUUGCCAACCAGGCCCAGCGACGUAUUCUGUCCCUAAGUCAAAUCAAUAACAAUGUUCCCACCGGUAACUUCAAACGUAGCCACAGUGUAAAGCAAUCAGGUGCUGCUAGCCCACGCAAGACCAGCUGGGGAGGAGCGUCUAAUAAACCACGCAAUUACGGGGAGUUGAAUAAGGAAAAUUUAGCAUUGAAAGAAUACGAAGACGAGGACGAGGAGAACAAGAAGCCGAAUGAUCAUAAUGAAAAUGCGGAGGGAAGUGGUAAUGGGAGUGAUUCGAAUACGAUGAGGAGAAGCAGUCAUGGUACCACCGUUAUUACAGCCGAUGGAACUGUUAUGACAGGCACUAAUGGGGGCACGGAAUAUGCUGAAUGUAUUGAUGGGGAUGGGGAUGGGGAUGGGGAAUCGGAAUCGGAUUAUGAAACGGAGACGGAUGUGGGAACAGGGAGUCACUUAGGAACCGAUAGUGAGUUGUCGACGAGGAGUGCGGGAAAAGAAUACAAUCCGGUGGUGUUGUAUUCAAAGGAGGUUGCUUAG